AUGGAAGAUUGUAGUGUUAUUCUGACUAUGGAUGAUAUUCCGGAAGCCUCUAAAGGAAGUUUUUACAUGCUUAAAAGAAGAAGGAGGAAAUAUGUGCCUAUUUCUGAGACAAAGGUUCAGAAUCCACUAAACAAGAAGUUUUCUCUCCAAAAGGGUGUUCAAAAGGAGGCUAGGAAAAGGCCUUUCAUUUCUGAUGCUCUUCAAAAGAAAGUGGAAGGGAAAACUGUAGUAGAAGUUGUGUUGAAGGAUGUUGAGGGAAUUUUAGGUGCUAGAGUUGUUCUCGUGUCAGAAAAAGUUGCUUCUCAUGCCCUUGAAACCAUUAUGGAAGAAGAACAUGUUGUACCAGAAGUUGCAAAAGCUAAUGACACAAGUAUACCUAUGAACCUCGUGUCUGAUAAUGUCUUAGAUUCUUCGAAUUCACCUCUAAUGAGAAAGUCUCCAACACCCACCCCACCUCAAUCACCUACAAAUUCACCAGAUAACACACCCUCACCCAAACAUGAUCAAAACCUACAUAUGGAUUCUAUCAUACCUUCUCCUAGACCAUCCUCAAAAUUAGAAUACUUUUCUUUGGACUCUCAAAAUGCUUCCAAAGCAUCUAUCUUGGAGGAACUGUCAAGUCACCUAGUUGGUGAGCUACCUAAUGAGCAAAAACAUCUGGCAUGUAUUUCUAAUUCUAAAUACCCAAAACCCUUGAACAUUAUGCUUGAAUCACCAAUAGAGGUAUCUAGCUCUAAAUCAAGCUCAAGCUCAAGCUCACACUCUGAAUUUGAUGCUUUUGAAUUUAUACCUCUAGUGGUUAAACAUCUUUAA